GUAACAUUGAUGCCUGGUUCAUAUACUGUAUUCAGAGUAAGAUUAUUACCAAAAGAACUUGAAGGGAUCCAUGAUGGAGCUAUACAAAUCACAACAGAUUAUGAGAUCCUAACAAUUCCUGUGAAGGCUGUUGUUGCUGUAGGCUCCUUGACUUGCUCUCCAAAACACAUUCUGCUUCCACCUUCCUUUCCAGGCAAGGCAGUUCAUCAGAGUUUGAGUCUUAUGAAUUAUUUCUCACAGAAGGUAAAAAUACAGCAGAUCCGAUCAUUAUCAGAAGAUGUUCGGUUUUAUUACAAGAGAAUACGAAGUAACAAGGAAGAUCUAGAACCAGGGAAAAAAUCAAAGAUAGCUAAUAUUUAUUUUGAUCCUGGUUUACAGUGUGGAAACCACUGUUAUGUAGGUUUGCCUUUUCUGAGUAAAUCUGAAUCAAAAGUACAGCACAGUGUGUCAAUGCAAGAAGAUGCAUGGGAUUCAGAUUGGGAGUUGCAUGAUAAUUUAUUCAGAGAAUGGAUUGGAAUAAGAGAUUAUUCAAACAAUCAGCUGAAUGCUGUAUUUGAAGUGGACACAGAUCUUCAAAAGGCUGUGACAUCCAAAAUCACAGCAGAAUUGGCCUGGCCCUCUUUGCUUGGCUCACAGCACCAGUUGGAUUUCUCACUUACCAAUACAAAUGGUUCUUCUGAAGAAGAAAUUGUUCUAGAAAAUCCUGCGGAUGUUCCCAUUUUUGCUCAGCUUCUUCCCAUAGCGCUAUACUGUAAUCCAUCAGUCUUUGUAGAUAAGCUACUUGACAGAUUUAAUUUAAGUAAAACAGGAGACAUCAAUUUGAAGACAUUAGAAUUUCAAGUUUCUAGAAAUUGUGGUCAGACAUUGCAGAGCUCCACAGGAUUUAUAGAAGGGUUGUCUCGGCAGUCAGUUUUAAAUGUAAUUUUAAAACCUGGUGAGAGAAAAUCUAUUAAAAUAAAAUUCACUCCAAUCCUUAAUAAAACUGUUUCAUCCCUAAUAAUUAUCAGAAACAAUUUAACAGUAAUAGAUGUUAUAAUGGUUAAAGGACAAGGAACAACAGAAAGCCUGAAGAUUGCAGGAAAAGCACCCGGAGUAACCAGUUCAUUGAGAUUCAAAAUCACUGAAGCAUUACUAAAAGAUUGUACAGAAAAAACAAAGUUGAAGGAGCCAAAUUUUACUCUGAAAAGAACAUUCAAAGUGGAAAAUACAGGGCAGCUUCAGCUUAACAUAAAAUCCAUGGAAAUCAGUGGAUAUUUAUGUGAAGGAUAUGGAUUUAAAAUAGUUAAUUGCCAAGAAUUUGCACUAAGUGCCAAUGCCUCUAAAGACAUUGUCAUAUUGUUUACACCAGAUUUCACUACUUCCAGAGUCAUUCGUGAACUGAAACUAACCACAGCAGGAGGCUCAGAAUUUAUAUUUGUAUUAAAUGCAUCUCUUCCCUAUCACAUGUUAGCAACUUGUGCAGAAGCUUUGCCAAGACCAAAUUGGGAGUUGGCACUGUACAUAGUAGUCUCAGGAAUAAUGAGUGUGCUCUUCCUUUUGGUAAUUGGAACAGCCUAUUUAGAAGCUCAAGGAAUUUGGGAACCAUUUAGAAGGCGCCUUUCCUUUGAAGCUUCCAAUCCUCCUUUUGAUAUGGGAAGACCAUUCGAUCUCAGGAGAAUACUUGGAAUUUCAUCUGAUGGAAACUUGAAUCCCCUUGGAUCAGAGUCAAAUCACAGUUCUUCCAGAGGAAUGUAUGGACCAGGAAAUUCCUCAUCAAGAUCCAGUGCAGGAAGUCAUAAGCAAUGUAAUUCAUCAGUGAAUCUACACAGCAAUAGAAAUUCAAUUGAAGUUGAUAAUAUGAGAUUUAAAAACAGUUCUAAUAUUGCGAACAGAACUUCUGUGCAGGCAGGUUCUGCACAGGCUAUGAACAGAGCAGGUUCUGUCUGCUUGGAUUCUAAUGCUGCAACUCAGAAUCAUGCAGCAGGCAGGAAAUCUAGAAGUACAAAACAAAAUUUGCAAUCAAACCAGCAGCAUGCAUCAGUUUUACUAGAGCAACAUUUACCAGAGCUACCAGCGGUAUCUCAGCAACAAGAACAGCAGAAUGAAAAUUCCUCACCACAAAUGCAGCAGCCUGCACCUUCAUAUUCAGAAUGUGCUAAUAAUACAAGGCAUAGUUCAGAAGACUCUGAUAUUGCCACUCUCAUGGAAACCAUGGAUAAAGACUUUGAUCACCCAGAAUCACCUUCUCCAGAGGUAUUUACAGAACAACCACCCUCUCCAGUAGCAAAAAAUAAAGGGAAAGGAAAACAAUUCCAGCGAAAAUCGAAACCCCCAAAGAAACGUGAAGAAAAGGAACACAGGGGAAAGGGUAGGCAACAAGAGGAUGAAUUAAGAGAUGCUCUAGCUGAUGAUGACAGUUCUUCAACCACAACAGAAACUUCAAACCCAGAUACAGAAGCCGUUCUGAAAGAGGAGCCAGAAAAACAAAAGGGAAAACAGUUAAUACCAGAGAAACAAGAAAAUGAAAUACAUGUAAAACAGAAAAGCAAAAAAUUAUCAAUGAGCAAGAAAGAUGCUCCAACAGAUUUAAAGCCAAGUUCCUUUGAGGCAUCGUGUUCAUCACUUGAAAGUAAACAGCACAAAAACUUUUCAUCAAAGCUAUCUGCUCCGCAUACAUGCACAAAUGGACUCAAAUCAAGAAACUUCCAGAAAAUGAAAGGUACAAGUCUGAAAAUGAUGGAUAGCAGGCCAUCAUCAUUAGCAAAGUUUUUCUCUAGUGGUUCUGGUCAAGAAUUAGGCAAUACCAGCAGUUCAGAAGGAGAAAAAGAUUCACCACCACCAGAGUGGGAUUCAGUACCAAUUCACAAAGAAGGCAGCUCUUCUGACAACCUUUAUAAGUUGUCUCUGCAAACAAUUAGUGCAGAUGCUUUUCUGAAACAAAGACAGACCUCACCAACAUCUGCUUCUCCAUCUCCACCACCUGCGUCAUUGGCCUAUGCCACACGGAAUAGUUAUAGCAGCAUUGUGAACAACUGCAAAGACUCGAAAAGCAAACUGCUUAGUGGUGCCAAGCAUAAGGUGACAAAGGCAGCUUCUCUUCCUGGCAGGAAUGGAAACCCUACUUUUGCUGCUGUAGCUGCUGGUUAUGAUAAAAGCCCAGGUGGCAGUGGCCUAACAAAGUCUUCACCAAUCAAAGCUGAGCCUUCUGGCUGUAUGAGCAUUUCACACACAGCUGUGGACAGCGAUGGCUCUGACAGUUCUGGUUUGUGGAGUCCUCUUAGCAAUCCUAGCAGCCCAGAUUUUACUCCUUUGAACUCUUUCUCAGCAUUUGGAAACUCUUUUAAUUUAACUGGAGAGGUUUUCAGCAAACUUGGAGUGUCACAGUCUGUUUAUGGUCAGGAUGCUCAGCGAAACUGGAAUGAGUUUAGCAAUGUUCCCUCAUCCAUCUGGGAUUCUCCAGCUACAGAUUUUGUACCUUCCUGGCCCACAAGUUCGGGAUCCCCAACUCACACAACUUCAUCUAUCCUUGGCAACCCAAGUGGCCUGUGGUCUACGACUACCACUCCAUUCAGCAGUUCCAUUUGGUCAAGCAAUUUGAACAAUUCCCUUCCUUUCAACACUCCAGCUCACCAUUUGCCAGGGAUCGACCUUGGGAGUGAAAACACCCCACCCUCCCCUGUUUCUGCACCCACAGUAAACAAUUCGGAAGAGUUGGGACAACCGUAUAAUCCUUGGCUAAUUUGGAGUCCUGCAAUUGGGAGAAGAAGCUCGGAUCCUUGGCCUAAUGUGCAUUACCCAUCUGAAAAUUGAAAUUAAGAAAAAUAAAGUGACUGUAAUUAUUCAGAUGCGAUCAUGGUAAAUUCUAUAACAUGCCUGAAACAUAAUUCACAAGCCAUUUGUUCCUAUUCUUUCUCUUUGUUCCUCCCAACAAAAACCAUUAAAGUCUAAUCAUACAUUCAUCACUUGCUCCUCUUAAAGUCUGUCUCGCAAUUAUGGUAGUGUGAAAUUGCUGAUCUGAUUGGCGAAUCUUUAUGUGCAGUCAUCAACUGCACUAGGACUGUUGUUCUGGCUUUUUACCAUCUACUAUUUAAAUUUUUAAACAUUUGCUAAGUUUUAAAAAAAAUACAGUGAUUUUCAUCUACCAAGCUAGAUUUAAUUUUUUCCAGUAUUAUGCCCCAAACCUAAUUUUAAGGAGCAUCUCGUGCUAAAAAUGCAAAGUAUUUUUUUAAAAAACAAAGCUUUGUUAAAAGACUCUAUGAAUGUAAAAACAUUAGGAGAAAAAAUGGCUGAAUCUAAGAGCAUUCUGUUCAAACUAUACAUUUUAUGUGUCUGUUUGUACAUUUGUAAACCUGAAUGCAUUUUAAGUUGAACUGAAAUGUGCAUAGCCAAUACUUGUGGAUGACACAAGAUUCCUUGUGCUUUUUUACCAAUACAACUUUGAGUUGUACUUGAAAAAUAAAUAAUGCUUUUUUCA